CGAGAGCAGCGCAGAGCCGAGUAAGGCGAAUAAAGAGCAAGGCGAGCAGGCCGGCAACCCCGCAGGUGCGGCUCAACCCCGCUUCGAUUUAAUUAAUUUUCGUCCCAAACCUGUGCUCUUCCUUCCUUCUUCUCUUGUUGCUCUACAUAUAAUAUGAUCUGGCAGCCUUUGCAUUUUGCAUUCUGCUCCAGAUGACGCAUUGUAACUACAAAACGAGAUGGGAAUCAAGAGGUGGAUCGACUGUUUAGGAAGCAGUAGGUACCCCGCUGCUCGCUAACUCUGCAUCGCACUUAACCUCAUCCAAACGAUGGCCACCGCCUGUACGUAGCCUCCGUGAUGGACUCCCGUCUGCCACGCGAUGCACAGCGGUGACAUCAAUCCCGCAUAGCUUUAUAAAACCUCCUCUCUCUACCGCCGUAUAUCCCUCAUCCUCCUCAACCCCUCCUCAUUGUUCUCUCUCUCUCUCUCUCGACUUAUCUGCCAUGACGACCUACCAAUCCACCACCCAGAACAUACCCGCCGAGCAAGCCACCGCCGGGUACGACUACAACAACUACGACGUCGAAGCUGGCGGCAACACCGCUUCCGCGGCUGCCGGCGGUGGCCAGCAGCAGCAGACGACGGCGAUGAAGGACGACUUUGAUCCCCAGGCGCUCUCGCGCUUCCGCUCGGCGUCGUCGAUCACCAUGACGCCCGAGCUGUUUGAGAAGCUCUAUUUGAACCCCAAGACUUCUGUCAAGGGUAAUCUCCGCCAGACGUUUGCCAAUCCUACGCCUCUCGCAAUCGGCGGCUUCGUCCUCUGUCUCUGCCCUCUUGGCUGCGACCUGCUCGGCUGGAAAGGCGCAGGCCAAUACGGCGCGGCCUCGACCGGCGCCUACGUCUUUGUCGGCGGCCUGCUGAUGGUCCUGGCUGGCCUUCUCGAGUUCUUCCUCGGCAACACCUUCUCCUUCGUCGUCUUCUGCUCCUUCGGCGGCUUCUGGUUCUCCUUCGGCGGCACGCUCAUCCCGACGUUCAACUCCGUCGGCGCCUACUCCGCCACAGGCGACAACCAAGUCCUCGGUCUCGCAACAAAGGGCUUCCAAGCCUCAUUCGGCUUCUACCUCCUCUUCUGGACCGUCUUCGUCGGCGUCCUCCUCCUCUGCUCGCUCCGCACAAACGUCGCCUUCGUCUUCCUCUUUGUCUGCCUCGAAAUGACCUUCCUCUGCCUCACGGUAGGCUACUUCCUCAUCUCCGAAGCCCGCUCGACUGCAGGCCAGCGCUUCGUCCGCGCGGGAGGCGGAUUCGCGCUCGCGUGCGGAUUGAUCGGGUUCUACAUCUUCCUCGUGCUCAUGCUCGUCGCCGUCGAUUUCCCGUUCUUGCUGCCGGUCGGGGAUAUCAGUCAUCUGAUGACUGGGUAUCAGCAGAAACAUGGGCCGAUAAAGAUGCACUAGAUUUCUUUUUUUUAAAAAAUCAGCUGAUAACUUUUUCUGAAAAUCAAUACUCUGGUGCGUUGGUUUCGCGUGCUGUGUCUUUUUUGUGCUUUGUGUGCGCGUUUUUGUAUAUUCUCUUUUGUGAUUACGGCUUCCAAUGCAAGGACUACUUAUAAUAUUAA